UACCAUAAAUGGAUAAAAGAAAACAUAAAAAAGAUGAAGACAAUAGUGUGUCAUCGUCGGAUACUCAAGAUCAAGUGAUCAUAGACAUGCCGCCAGCCGUUGAAAACGCCCAUGUUGUGUAUCUGCCAGAUGCGAAUUUAGGUGCCACUCAGACGGAGUCUUCCGUGGAGUAUCCACCGAGCUCGGAUCAAGUGGAGGGCAGCAGGCGUGUGACUUUCGAUCUAGAUGAUGGGCCCAGUACGAGUAGGCAGUCCGCAGAAAGGAGGCAACAAUCUGGGGUUCCUAACUCUUUGUUAGUAUCCGAGGAUCUUCAGAGCAAGAGGGAUAUUCCCAUUAGGGAAGAAACCCCUAAGCAAUUGCAUAAUGUACUUCUCUACUGCUUCUCCCGCAAUGUGGAUGGCAUUGAAGGGCGGCAGGAAUCCCGUCCAGCGGUUUUCCUACCAAUUCCGCAGUACUGCGAACUCGGCACCCAGACGGCAAAGGUAGCAACACCGCCGCGACGAUUCCGUUUGGAUCUGACCACCCUGAGAACAGAUCGCAAUCGACCGCCUUGCGAGAGAGCCCAGCACACGUUCACCAUCAGCGGCAACAAUCUCCCGCCCAAUCCUCCCCAGCUUCGGCAGACGAUAUGUGCGAGACUUGGUCGCUCCAUUGGCGAUUGCUUUGGAGCCUUCUGCCUGUGCCUGCAGGUCAACAAGGACUGUGUCUUCUGUCUGGGCUUCUUUGUGGCCUUCGUCAUCAGCUGCAGCUUCCUCACCGCCUUCUUCUACCGAACACUCAGCUUCACAGCAUCGCCGGUCCGGGUGGCAGCCAGUCCAGUGAGUGGCACCCCGCAUUAUGAACUGGCCACUCUGAGGUUCAACGGGGGCUUAUACUACAUCUUAAAUAGUAACCAACGAAAAAUUAUGUAGUCCA